GUGUACGACGGUCGACUCCACGCAGUGGGUUGCUGAGAUGUGCCUUUUCACGCCCUGGUCUUACGUCGGAGAUCUCUUCACGCAGGAGCUCAGCAUUGUGGUAGCAAUGAGCAUGGAAGGAUUCUGCGAGUGCGUGUGCAAGAGCCCUGAGAUGCAGCUGCAUGCACGAAAGUUCGCGGAGAUCUACGUGGCUGACAUGAAGACUGAACAGACAUCCUCAGACUUAUGGACGAUGCCAGGAUCCGAGGAGGAAGGCACCCCGACGAGAGAUACGAGCCUCUCGCCGAAGAACACGCGCAAGAGCACGCCGACGAGGCUUUUCCAGAAUUUCUUCGGAGCCUCGAAACGGCGUACCAGCGUCCGGCGGGUUUCCCUCCUGCCUGACGAGGACGAGGUUGCGCAGCUGCAG